AUGUCAAACUUCCACUACGGCGCUCCUCACUACGCUACUGCUAUGCAGUCGCACCCUCACNCCUCUCACAAUCACCACGGUCGCUCGCGCCGCGGGCCUCGUGUCUCUUCGGCACAGAAUGCCCACCGUCAACAGCAUUUCAAGGCCCAAAGAAGCCCCAAAGAGCUCCCUGAGACACCCGCCUACAGCGCAUACAUCAGAGACUUUGAGGCUGCCAAGGGCUUCGAGUUUGAGGAUGACGAGGUUUUCUGCCCCUUCCACCUCCUGACCGAGGACGAUGUAAGUUNNUCGAUACAUGUCUUGCUAUAUUCCAAUCAUCAAUGCUCAUACCAUUCACAGCUCCACUCUAUUCAUUCUUCCGCCUCUUCCGACAGAUCAUCUCUGUCGUCUGGUUCUCCUGAUGCCUCUCCGCUGCAGCACCAAGCUCAGCCUACUCCCUUCCUGCUCCCCUCUGCCGCUGCCUCUUACAACAACAACUCUUUCCAGCAGAACCAGAUGAAGCUCCACCAGCCCAUGGCCCAGCGUACCCGCAAUGCUAUUCCCAUUGUUGACCCCAGCACUCGCGUCAUCGCAAGCCCACCCCCAAGUGUCUCGCCGGCCCGUCAGAUGCAGGGAUACAUCAACCAGCGCCGCUGGUAG